GUGGGUUCGUCCUUCGUGGUGGUGGGCGUUAGUGCGGUCUGUGUGAGCUCAGCGGGGUGCGUCUGAACCUUCGGGGAGAGGAGUACAGGAGUGUACCAGUACGCGGAGACGAGCUGCGGCGUGGCGACGCUGCUUUUGGACGCGUUGGACAAAGAACCACCGCCUUUUGCUGUCUGCCUCUGAUACUGCUGUCGCACCCCGAGACACACCACCCAUGAGCAAGAGAGAAGGCAAACUGAAGCAGAAGAUGGAGGACGAGAUGUGUGAGGCCUCCGUCAUCCUGGGUAGGCUGGGCCACGUGAAUGAGCGCCAUGGUGAAGCCAUAGGCCUAUUGGAAAAGUCGCUUGUCGACGCCGGGGCGCGGGACGCUAUCAAAUCGGCGACGUUGAAGGUUCGCAGCGAGUACGAUUCCCUCAAACAAAAACUGGAAGAGCUUUACCAGCAGUCUAUCCAGGACCUUCAAGCCCAUAGGUCCAUCAUGGAGGGGCCAACACUCGCCCGCAUGGAGGCGACUGGUGACUGGACAGAAGGGUGCGGUCGGGCAAGCCGAGGAAGAGAUGAAGGCGGUGAUGGCCAAGACCGAUCAGGAAGUUCUGCGCAGGCAAGAUUCUUUUCUGUGGCACGCGCCCAAACAUAUCCCCUCCCAGUUGUACUCGAUAGCUUGAUUCGAUGGGUAGGAGGUUCGGGCUCUACCUGAUCGUUGUGAAGUCAGCAAGCAGGUCAACCAGGGGCUCGUGGAACAACCGGCUGGGGUUCAUCCAAUUGUGGUUGUGCUAGGAACAGCAGAUAUCACCCUCAAUUUGGACAACUCGUGUGCUUCGAAACUGGUGAGGGGUGAUGUUUCCAACAUGAAACACCGUUGGUCGAUCGUCGCCACAGUGGGGCGCUCCUCCUCUCUUGCGCAUGUUGGGCGUCGUUGCUUGUUUUUCCGAUCGGGUUGUGUCAAGGGCGGAUUUGGUGUAUUUUCUUGUGGUACCUUUGUCGUU